ACUCGCUGUGGUGAGAUGCAAAAGGCAGUAUUACACCGAUGGCGACCGCGAGACGUCUUGGCCCGAUCUCGGUGUGGCGCCGCGGUCUGUACUCUGAAGCUCGGCGCCUUUCCACAUUCCAUAAUUUUGGUCCAGCAAGCAUGAGUCCAGCAAUUCUUGCGGCCAACGGAUUUUUUCACGAGUUCAAUAAUCGCCUGCGUUGUUUUUCGUGUUCUCUUCAAUUACUUGGUGUUGGGUCUGAAAGUGACAUUUUUGCUUUGCAUCUGAAGUGGUCUCCAUUCUGUGAAUUUUUGAGGGGCCUACCUGUUAAUAACAUACCCAUUCAAGGCUCAUCUUUGAAGGACUCCGAUGUUGGUCCUGGCUUUCGUUGGGUUGAUGGUGUACCGGCAAGCUCGCUGGAUACUCUCGGAGUCGUUGAAAAGCUAUACCCGCUAUAUCCAAAAUAUGCGCUUUAUGAGUCGAGGAUGAAGACAUUUGAUUCGUGGCCGGUGGGAUUGGCUCUGAAGCCGUGUGAUCUGGCGAGAGCUGGCUGGUUCUAUAGCGGAAAUGGAGACGUUUUACUUUGCCAUCAUUGUGGAGGGAAGGUUGAAAAACUUCAUGCCAAAAUUGCUGUUUGCGAUCUGUGGAAAAUGCAUGCUAAGGCUGUUCCAACUUGUGAAUUUGUUCUUGUGCAUAAGGGAAUUUUGUUUGUAAGGGCCGCUUCGAAGUGGUCUGAGACAUGUGCCGAGGAGAACAAGGCCGAGCCCGACCCGACCUUUUUUUCUACUCCGUCAAGUGUUGAGAUAAAGUGUAAAGUAUGUUUCGUAAAUAACUGCUGUUUUGCGAUCUUGCCUUGUAACCAUUACGCAAUUUGCUGGGAGUGCAAUGUAGAUCUUAGGAAUUGUGGCUUCGUUCAACUAGAACACUUAGCAUGGAGUGAUUUAACUGCUGUUCAGAGAGGACUUGCUGUUAGCUGUCCUAGAAGGUGGAAAACAGUUGCCAACGACCAAAGAAUUGAAAGAUUAACUGAACUCCUAAAUAGGGAUGGUAUUGUGCCUCUUGCUUUUCUGAAGCAAGCAUCUUGGGUCAACCAGGGAGCGUUAAACCAUGGGAUGCAAGCAGACCAGGACUCCGGCUCUGACACUAGCUCUAGCUCUGACUCUGAUAGCGAUAGCAGUUGA